AUGGCAAAUAGUAUCAGUGACUAUCCGUUAUGUAGUAGUCAAUAUCCAGCCGGCAAUGUGGACGAAUUUCAUCCUUUUGUGGAAGCGUUAUUGCCCUAUGUAAAAGAAUUCAGUUAUGUAUGGUUUAAUUUACAAGCUGCGAAGCGAAGAUAUAUGAAGAGAAACGAAAAACGAAUGACUGUUGACGAAGAGAAGAGUUGUAAAGAUGCUCUAAUGGCAACUUUAAAUUUACAGAAUGAGCGGGUGGAAAUCAAACAGAAAUGGGCAGGACGAUUACUUGGCAAACUAAGGAAAGAUAUACAACCUCAUUGUCGGGAGGAUUUUGUCCUUUGUGUCACAGGACAAAGGCCGGCAGUAUGCAUACUAUCAAAUCCUGAUCAAAAAGGAAAGAUGCGACGAAUCGACUGUCUACGACAAGCAGACAAAGUAUGGCGUCUUGAUUUAGUGAUGGUCAUUUUAUUCAAGGGAAUUCCUCUAGAAAGUACGGAUGGUGAACGUCUGGAAAAAUGUUCUGAAUGUGCAUUUCCAAGUUUAUGUGUAAAUCCUUAUCAUAUUAGUAUAGCUGUGCGUGAAUUAGAUUUGUUUCUGGCAAAUUUUAUACAUACAACAAAUCCGGAUGCUGCUGAGGAUGAAAGCGAUGAAAAAGAUCCUGACAAAUUGGCAGUGCAUGAAGGUAUUUGGGGAACUGGUGUGUUUACUGCUUAUGAACUGAAGACUCUGACAAGACCUUCAAUAAUAACACUGGUUGAAGGCGAAGCACGUACACCAGCAGAAAUCAUCCCACAAAAAGAAGAACCGUAUAACGAUUUGGAAUGGCAGUCACCGAACAGCCCGCCGCCAUCAUUGUCAUCAUCACGACGACACGUUGCUCCUACUUCUGCACCAACUGUAUCGGCGGAUUAUCGAAUAUCUGAUGGUCGUAAUGUCAUUGAAAGCACUGAUACCAGAAUGCGAGGCAAUAGUUUGAGUGGAUCAGGUGGAACACCCCAGGUGGGGGCAAUGGUAACAAUUGCCGAUGCGCUGGAAACAGACUUGACGCAUCCAGACUUUGAGCAUCCCAAUCUCUUAUCUGAUGACGUAAAAGUGUCUAAUAAAUAUGCUUUGGUUGCCAAACAUCCUGAAGAUGAAUUUACUAGCGAACCAUUAGAAAAACGCAGUCGACAUGCCUCACGAGAUAGUGUGGGAAGUGUCAACGAAGAGGUGCAUCAGUUAAUUGGCGGACGUAUUGUUGGUCAACCAAUAUAUAUUCAGAUUAAACGAAGCGAUGAUGGGACUGCAAGUAAUAAAAGGACCCUUGUGGUGCAAGGUGCGGUUGAAGGAACAAGGCUUGUACAACUGAGACCGCCCUUUACGGUUUCAACAUCGAAUGAUGGACAACAACGUUUGAUCAGAGAAGAUGCACUGGACGGUGGAAGUCGAAGUAAUACUGUAAGAAUCGUCUCCCAUCUUCCCACUGGACAACAUGGCAGCGAAUUACAUCAAGAAAGACAUCAUUCAGCAAGCGAAACUAUUGGGAGCGUCGGAUCAGCUGGUAUGAAUGAAACAGCUUUGAUGCACCGUGAUGCGAGUGGAUUACGUCCAAGAGCAGGAUCACCAUGUGAAAGUUUACUUGCACCUACUUCAACAGCUCGACAACCAAGUCGCUUGUCUGAAGGCUAUCAAAUACAUCAUCCUGGCCAGCAGAAGAGAGAGUUUGUGAACACCUCUGCAUCCACAGUAACUCCACAAUGUAUUGGUACUGUAACUGCAUUUACUCGUUUAACUCGCGACGUCAGAGUACGAAAUCCCAGUGAAACUGCUCAAGAUGUAGAACAAGUUGUUAUAUUCAGGAAACGUAAUCAUUCUCCAAAUUCGUCAACUAAUGGACGAUUGCCGCCUACGACUGUAGAAAUGGGUAAUGUCACUGUGAGUAAUCGUAAUGUGCAUCAACAACAACAACAUUUGGUCUCUCAGAGUGAUUUUGAUAUGACUUUGCGAGAUUCUUCAGGCUUAAAUAUUGUCGACAUACAUCAUUCAAGUCCAACAAAGUUCACAACAUCAAACGGUGAUGUCAUCAGCUUCAGUACUGUGUUGCAUAGCAUCGAAAGUCAAAAUUCGGUAAAGCGUAUCAGUUUGGAUAUUUCGCCACCUGGUUCUUCCACGCAAGCAGUGAUCAUAGAUGAAAGGCGCUUAUUGGAACAUGAUGCCGUCAGCGCUGCUGAAGUGGAAGCACGGAUUGCGAAGAAGGUUGCAUUGUUGGAUCAGCCAGUCCGAGAAUUCACGACUAAGCCAGGAAAUCCUCAGUUACUGGUAACUCCGCGACCUGUUGUGGCACAUCGUCCAUCGUUUAUCUCUAACAUUGACGAUACGAAUAGCAAUGCUGCAGCAGCCGCUGCUCGUGAUGCUAAAAUAAGUCAUAUUGUAUCAAGACAGCAGCAACUGUUUGAUAAUGCAUGCAACUCAGCUAUGGGUUCACCAGUACCUUUUACUCUGAACAGCCCCCUGACCACUCCACGUAGUACACCCGUGCCUGCUUCAAGCUCAACUCUUGGUACUCCAAUUCCUGGUGUGCGUAUACCAUCUAGAGGACCGUUGACUGAUGAAGAAUAUUCGAGUAUUGUUCACAAUGUGAUCACUGCUUCUAGCGGUUCAUCCGGUUCAGCAGACCAAGCGUUGUUGAAAGAAGUUUCGAAUCAGUUUUUGAAUUAUUUCAACGAAAAUAGUCGUUCUCCGCAUAACGGGACAUUUCCACUUCAGAGUUCUUCGGAUGCACGAUCGGAUUCAUCUGCUUCAAAUAUAUCAGUACCUGGUGUCAUUUCCCUUUCAACACCUCCAACAAAUGCUUUAAUCACAUCUCAAACACCGACAGCUACAUCGCCGAUAGCUGAUUCAACUACUAGCAAUGAACAGUUAUCAAUGCGUGCAUUGCCGGAUUCAACUACAAAUGAUUUACGCCAAGUAGGAAAUAGGCCAAGUUCGUCGCCAACCCCUUCAUCUAUUAGCGGUUCCACAUCAUCAACGUCUAACUCUCAGAGCUUAAAUAGCCCAUCGGAGUUCAUUAAGAAAUGA